CCUGCCUGCAAUCUCGACUCUUUCAUGACCAAAUCAAACAUCAGAGGAUCACCAAAGUUGUCAUCUACUUUUUCUUUUUCUCUGCACUGAGCAGCUCUUCUCUCCCUCACCGCAAUGACCACCGGAAACUGGUCAAACAAAGCACUCAACACCGAAGAAGAGAGAGAAAAAAACACCUGUCGAAAGAGAUGGAAUAGGGAGUCGUAAUUACUGUCUGUAAGCACUUUCAGGCUACCAUUCUUAUAUAUCCGUCAGACGGACAAGGGAGAGGUGGCAGCACACGCAACGCGAACCGCAGGUCGUGGCCUCCCUUCUCACGUACAACUCGCCUGAAACUAGCUGGUAUUUGUCGUGGACUGCUCCCGAUCUGUCUUCUUCUCGUGUGUUGCCGAUCCUACUUCUUUUGAUCCGCCUGUACGCGCACGUAUGGCUUUGUCGUCGUCAUCGCUACUUGGUUGGAAGCCCAAGCAGCAAUCUUGAACUGAGCUCCAAGAUAUGGCAUGUUUUGGCUGGUUUCGGAAGAAGGCGAAGGGCGCGCCGGAGAGGAACAGCGGUCCGGCCGUGACUGCCUUGAGCAGCAGCAGCGCGAGCCGGUCGGAUGGGUCGGCCGCCGGGAAGCAGAACCCAAGCAGGUCCACGGGGCCUUCGGCUUCCCAGAGGAGCAUCCCAGCGUUGUACGAGGAGAGGGCUCACAACCUGCGCGUCUUCGAGUACGACGAGCUGAGGGCGGCUACCGAUAACUUCAGCAGGAUGAACAAGAUUGGGGAAGGUGGGUUUGGGGGCGUCUACAAGGGCUACAUCAUACCUCCCGAUGGAGAAGAGGGCCGGACGCUGGUGGCGAUCAAGAAGCUGAACCAGAGAGGACUGCAGGGUCACAAGCAAUGGUUAGUAGAAGUACAAUUUCUUGGAGUUGUUGAGCACCAAAAUCUUGUGAAACUUCUUGGAUAUUGUGCCAAAGAUGGUGAAAGAGGGAUUGAGAGAUUAUUGGUGUAUGAAUUUAUGCCUAACAAGAGUUUGGAAGAUCAUCUAUUUAACAGGGCUUAUCCUGCGCUUCCCUGGAAUUUGAGACUCCACAUAGCUUUGGGUGUGGCACAAGGAUUGGCAUAUUUGCAUGAGGGGUUAGAUGUGCAGGUUAUAUAUCGCGAUUUUAAAGCAUCAAAUGUGUUAUUGGACAAGGAGUUCAAUCCAAAACUGUCGGACUUUGGCUUAGCAAGAGAAGGACCUACAGAUGGGCACACUCAUGUUACGACAGCGGUAGUAGGAACAUAUGGGUAUGCAGCUCCAGACUACAUAGAGACGGGGCAUCUCACAAUUAAGAGUGAUGUUUGGAGUUUUGGGGUGGUUCUCUAUGAAAUCCUUACAGGCAGGCAUUCGUUGGAUAGAAAUCGACCAACAAAUGAACAGAAACUUUUGGAUUGGGUGAGGCAAUUCCCUGUAGAAGCCAGGAAGUUUACCAUGAUCAUGGAUCCGAGAUUGAGAAGCGAGUAUUCUCUCGAAGCUGCACGCAAAAUAGCUAAGCUGGCCAACAGUUGCCUCGUCAAGAAUCCUAAGGAGCGUCCAUCAAUGAGCCAAGUCGUCGAGUGCUUGAAACAAGCCAUGCAAAUGGAUCCAGUAAAAGAGCAUACUUCUGGAAACAAGUCAAACAGGAAGAAAACUGAUGCAGUAUCUUUAUCUUCAAGGAGCCAUUGAUAUGGUCUUGAAGAGUUGUAGAAAGUUAAAACAAAUAUGAUGCCUUGUUCCGCAAGAGAAAUAUUUUCUGAAUUUGUUUGCUAUUGUGUUCUCCCAUUCUUUCUCCUUUUCGGAUAUGUAACCAAAGAGAGGAGAUAGAAUCCAGAGUUUUGGUGAUGAAAAAAGACAGGUGAAUAAGUUUGACAUUGCAAGCAGUGUUGAUGUAUGACACCACCAAUUGAGUGAAUAGAAUGACCAUUCUGUCC